AUGAUAGUAAAAUGGUAUGCACUAUUAAUUAUUUCGCUGAUAGAUCUACGUCCUUCAGAAAGUACUUUUUCAAUUCAACAAUCAUUGACUAUUCUUUGUACUCAAUUUCCUUUGAUAUCAAAUGUGAACAAUUCCGAUUUACAAUGUGCUCGUUUACAAAAAGAUGAAGAUGUUCAAAUAAGCUCAGCAGAUGUCGAUAAACCAACUGAACUCGUACUUUUCAUUCUCAUUGACCGAUUAUCAACAACUUCGGUUCCUGCUGACAUCGAAAUCAACUUCAGUCAAUCCGAUGAUACUCCAUCAUCCAUCCAGAACAUAUACUUUAGUCUAUUAAUUACACAAUCAAACUUUACAAUCAACAAUCAAACCAAUAAUGCAUAUCUUCCAUACAACAUCCUAACUUUUCGUUGGAACACUUUCAAUGAGACUGAUUACGAAUUAAUCGAUCAAUUCUCAGUUGCUAAUCAAUACACUUCACAAGAGACAAGUUUGUGUAGAUGGAAUGGCGAUCAAUGGAAUCGUUUGUUUUACGAAAACCAAUCGACGAACAUUUCCUAUGUUUAUUUUCUCAAAACAUAUAGUUCUCAAUUAUCAUUUACACUCAUCAACGCAAGUAACAAGUCAUUAGGGUUAGCAGCACCGACACCUUUCUUGGAUGUCCUCUACUGUCUUCGAUAUCGACUUGGUGUCUUAGAAAUCGUUCUGAUUACUUGUUUUGGCUUCGCUUUUCUGACUGCUAUUGUUGUUCUGGCGGUUUUGCAUCUUUUCAAACGUGAACAAGUCGAUCGAACUCAUCAUUUCCAACGUUAUCAUCAAACAGAUGAAUUACAAAGGCCAACGAAAGAUUCGAUACAAAAACGUCGCUAUCGUUCCAAUGAGACGAUGAGUUAUUCCGAAUUCGACAAUCAGCGUGAUGAGUGA